AUGUUGAGAUCUUCAAGAAAUUGUAAGCAAUUGGCAUCUGUCUUGAGUAGAGUUGCUCAGAACCCAUUGAGACAAGUGGUGGCAACAAGGUUUAUAAGUGAAAAACCACCUCAAACCUUCACCAAGUUAUCUGAUGAGAACGACCCUGAAAGGGAUGCGUUCUUUAAGUACUCCUGGGGUUCAUGGUUGAAGAAUGACAAACAAGAAAAGGAUAGAAGGGUGACUAGGUUCUCAAUUGAGGGUCUAACCGAUAUCCUUAACGAUUUGUACGCUCAAUCCAGAGAACUGACGAAGGUAACAAAGGAUGGUCAAAUCAAGCCACCAAGUUACAAUCCUAAUCUAACAGUUUCUUUGCCUCAUAACUUGACCGCUAAACAAGUUGGUUCUGUCAAUCCAAAUGAGAAAGUCAGGAUUACCAGCAUGGCUAGUAUUCACGAGGGGAAGCAUCACAGGAUUUACAAAGUGGAUACAAACCUGGAUAGAGCCUUUGUGCUGAGAAUUCCAUAUGCCCUGGACAACGAAAAGACUGUAGCAUACAGGUUAAAGAGUGAAGUAGCUACGUUAGAUUUUGCUGAUCUGAAAUUGGGUCUAAAGGUGCCCAAAGUAUUCUGCUACGGUGCUAAUGCUUUGAAUCCCGUCAGACAGCCUUUCGUUUUGCAGGAAUAUAUCGAUGGACAGUUACUGAUGAGGGAUUGGAGCCCACUAGCCGAAGAUUCUGAAGCUGGUAAGCCAGAUGAGUCUCUAAGAAAGGUAAUUGAAAAAAUCUCUGAUUUGCAAAAGAACUUACUCUCUGCCGAGUUUAAUGAAUUUGGGUCGCUUUACUUCGCAAAGGAUUGUGAUACAUCAGACAAACCGGCAUAUCAGGGAGAAUCUAAUCCAGAUUUGCAAAAUAGAUGGAGGGUUGGUCCCACUGUCGAAAGAUGCUUCUGGAGAUCAAAAUCGGCCUUAAAAUUUGACGAACAGAAGAAAUUUUUAGGCCCAUGGUCUAUUGAUUCACCAAUGGAUAUCAUCAAGAACACUGGUCUGAUCGAAGCAGAAAAUGCAAGGGCUAGACUUGCUCUGAAGGAGGCAGGUUCAUCCCCAGAAGCCGUGGAUGAGGUUUCAUUAAAGGAACAAAUUACUACUUUUGAAAAUUUGGCCCGCUUGGCUCCAAGUCUGUUCAAUCGUAAUACUCGCGCAAUCCCUAACGUUCAGGAUCUUUUGAAGCCGAGAUUGAAUCACCCAGACUUGGACCCAUUAAAUGUUCUCAUCUCCAAAGAAGGUACUCCAUACCUAUUGGACUUCGAAGGAACAUCCAUCAAACCAUUCAUCAUCCAAAAUGCCCCACAAUUUGUGGCUUACGAUGGCCUUAAAGUUUACAAUUUGAAAGAGGAUGUUCCAGACUACGAGAAAUUAUCAGAUGGUGAGAAGGUCCAAUACGAUUUCAUGUACAAAAGGACUCGUAACCAAUACUUAUGGGAAUCUGCUUUGAACGAAAGACUGCCAAAACUAAUUUCUGCUGUCGCACCUCCAGUCAAGUUAUUAAGAAGUCCAUACAUUGCCGCCGUCGAAAAGAAAAUUGACGAGGAGUAUCUAUUAGUAGACGAAGCUUUGAUACAGUUGAAAGAGGUUUGGGAAAUUCUGGCCAAGAAUGGUCUUGUCCCAACCGAAAAAUAUCCUCUAGAAUACACCAAGGAACAAAUUGAGAAACAUACUAAAGAUCUCAAUUCAUUCCACGAGAAGCUAGUUUCAACACCUUUCGCAGCAACCCGUGGCUGGAUCCCACAGGAUAUGUUCGACAAUUUGGUCAAAGCCGGAAUUCUAGUCAAGGAUGCCAGUGGCGACUACUCUAUUAAGCAGCAAGGUACCGUCUGA